AACACUGCCAGUCGGUGAGACAAUUUUCACACCAGCUGAAAGGAAGAGCUCGGAAUUGCUUUUGGUGUUUCAGUCAAUUGCACAAUUCUGCAUAUGUUUCACCGACAACCACUGAUUGCGGGAGUGACAACACCACCAUCUCCCAGGUUGAAGCUUGAUAGCUGAUGAUGGAGGGUUCGAUGUGCGCCAUUGACAGCUAUAUUUGCAGCUCUAAGGUUGAGGCUUGGAUCUUAAAUUAUGGAGGGGCAGGAAUGACCCCUCCUUCACCCGAGUCUGGUAACCAAGGCGGCCAAGACAGCUACGGCAGCUCAGGCAACUCCGAUAGCUACGGAGGCUCGAACAACAACCAGGACCAGGACAGCUAUGGAAGCUCCAACAGUUCUGGGGGCGGAAACCAAGAUAGCUACGGCAGCUCUGGUAACUCUGACAGUUAUGGAGGCGGAAACUCGGGCAACCAAAACAGCUAUGGUAGCUCUGGUAACCAGGAUGAUGGAUCCAGCGAUCAAUCCUCUGGAGGUUAUGGAGGACAGAGUGGAGGCCAGCAGGGAGGACAGCAACAACAGGGCCAAGGUCAGAGCGGCCAACAAGGAGGUCAACAGGGUGGACAACAGCAGGGUAGCAGCGGUGGCGGUGGCUACAUCUCACAAGGACUCAACUUCCUCGAGCAGAAGACUGGUCAUAACUUGAGCCAACAGCAGAACGAGGAGCUCACUAGCGGUGCCAAGUCUGCUUACCAGCAGGUUACCGGGUUCGUACAUCCUCUCAUGCUUUCCUUCUUCAGAAUCUUUUGCCCGCUUGGGUUUCGUUGA